AGAAGAAGAACGACAGGUAGUGCGUAAUCGGAGCGCGCGAUUUUACGCCGGCGACGAGUCACCGUGAGCCGAGAUUUGGCUAAGGCAGGUGGACGUGUCGCGGCGAGACAGAAGAGAUGAUCAUAAGAGAAUCGAUGAUCCUGACCCUGCUUCUGGGACUACUGUCGGUAGUGGACCAAAAUGGCGGCCAGGUCGUCAGCCAGGAGGCGGCGGCGACGGUGGCGGCGGUAGCAGUGGCCGCACCCGACGACUAUUUUACCUCGCGCAACCUACCUCAAAGGAUCACGCGGUUAGUGCCACGAAGAUCACCAAUGUUGCCGCAGGAUAGCACCGCAACGAUGGCGAUGCAGAGCAGAGCGGUCGAUACGCGGGUCCAACUCGAGAUCAAGGAGGGUGAGCCUAAGGAUACUUUGGUCGGCACGAUACCAGUGAAGCCAGAUUUCACCUACAGAUUUAACGAACCACCUCAAGAAUUCGUGCUCGAUCCAAAAACCGGCAAGAUAAAAACAGCAAAAGUCCUUGAUCGCGAAGCUCUCAGUAGCGAUCGGUUCGAUUUGGUAGUGCUCUCGAGUCAACCGACUUAUCCAAUUGAAGUGCGAAUUCUAGUGCUCGACAUUAACGACAACAAUCCAGAAUUUCCGGAGCCUAGCAUCGCGGUUAGCUUUUCGGAAUCAGCUGUAGCUGGUACUAAAUUGUUGUUGGAUGCUGCGACUGACCGAGACACGUCAGAAAACAGUGUGCUGGACGACUAUUUUAUCGUGAAUGGUAAUACUGAUGGUAAAUUUCGUUUGGAGGUCACUGGAAAUCCCACAAGCGAAACGUCGUACCUACACCUCGAGACUACUGGCAAGCUAGAUCGCGAACAAGUGGAAUUCUAUUCACUCAACAUUUGCGCGCGUGAUCGUGGUAGACCACCACGAUUGGGUUAUCUAUUGGUAAAUGUGACAGUGUUGGAUGUAAACGAUAAUCCACCAGUAUUUCAACAGAGCGAUUACGUGGUGGCGUUGAACGAGAGCGCACCGGUCGGCACCAAAGUCUUGACAGUGCACGCCAUCGAUAAAGAUUCGGAGGACAAUUCCAAGUUGACAUAUUAUCUGCCGGACAAUGAGCGUAAGUUUACAAUCGAUCCAGAGACUGGCACAAUCACGACAGCUGAGCCAUUAAAAUGCCCCCAAGAACGCUGCACGGUGGCACGUCCAGGCAGCGGUUGCCCCAAAAGCUGCGUCAUCACAGUCUUCGCUCGCGAUCAUGGAUCGCCCAGACAGGAUGGUCGUACCUAUGUGACAGUGAACUUAGUGGACGCAAACGAUCACGAUCCCGUGAUUAAGUUUAGCUAUUUUCCGACAAGUGCGGGUUUUGCUACCGUCGAUGAGAAUACUGCCAAGGAUUCGAUCGUUGCAGCUGUGACGAUAAUCGACGAUGACGAGGGUCUGAACGGCGAAACCAGCGUGGAAAUACGUGCUGGGAAUGAAUUGGGCCAUUUUCGGCUGGAGAAUACGGGCUUCAACAUUGUGCGGGUCGAUGGCCGACUGGAUCGCGAAGAAAUACCCAAGUACAAUCUCACAGUGGUUGCCACCGAUAAGGGCACGCCGCCUAGAUCAGCAACGGCUUAUCUCGUGAUCCACGUAAACGACGUCAAUGAUCAUGAACCGGUAUUUCAACAAAGCGAAUAUUCAGCGGUACUAUCAGAACUCGCGCCGAUUGGCAGUUUCGUCGCCAGUAUCUCGGCCACGGAUGCAGAUUCCGGAUUGAAUGCGCGGAUUUAUUACGAAUUUGGUUCGGGUAACGAGCAAGGCUGGUUUGCCAUUGAUAGCGAUACCGGCUUGGUCACCACCGUGGCUACUUUGGAUCGCGAGGUUCAAGGUAGUAUCGAGUUACAUGUAUCGGCGCGGGAUGGUGGUCCAAAUACUAAGUAUGCGUCCACGCAUCUCAAAGUAACUAUUCUAGAUGAGAAUGACGAGGCGCCGCGCUUUUCUGAGAACGUCGUCGAGGUCACAUUAUCAGAAAACACGCCACCCUACAGUUUAGUAGCUACUCUCACGGCUGUUGAUAACGAUCAAGGCACCAACGGUAGCGUUGCAUACAGCUUUCACUCCAGCGUCUCGCGUGAUUAUCCCAAAACCUUUGCUCUGGACGCUCUGACCGGUCAGCUAACGACCAUGGUCGCCUUGGAUCGAGAGACCAUAGCGAACUACAGGAUUUUAGUGAUAGCAAAGGAUCAAGGAACACCAGUGCAAUCUUCGACUGCUACCGUGAUGUUAACGUUAGCAGAUAUCAACGAUAAUUCGCCGAUUUUUUAUCCUUGGAGGUAUCUGAUGCCUAUCUCUGAAGAUGCUCCGACAGGUAUGACGGUAGGUAAAGUAACGGCAACCGACGCUGAUGCUCGAGAGAACGCUCAGGUGAUAUACACUCUGGAAUCCGGUGGCGAGGGUCUUUUCGCAAUGGAUGAGAGAACUGGCGAGAUUAUUCUACGAGGUUCUUUACGGGCCGCGCAUAAGACUCUUUAUGAGUUAACCAUUUCAGCGAGGGACACUGGUGAACGGGUAGCAGCCAGGAGCGCCGUAGUCGAAAUUAUACGCGAAGAGGACAUGGAGCGCCUUGAUUUUGAUACUUACAAUGGUUAUGAGUUCCGCGUUCUUGAAGAUCGUGGUGAUUGUGAUUCUGUUCCGUCUGGCGGUCGGGAAGUUGGUUCAGUGCAAGUUACGCAAUACGGUAAUACGGGCAAAAUAAACUACGCCAUCGUGUUCGGUGAUCCUGAGAGCAACUUUAGAAUCGACGAGAAUACCGGCGUCAUCAGCAUCGCCGGCUGUCUGGAUCGCGAGCGUAUCGCUUAUUACAGCCUGCAACUAUCAGCGCGCGCUGAUUUCGCGUACGGCCAGACAACUGUCAAUAUCACUGUGCAGGACGUCAACGAUAACCCGCCGAAAUUUCCCAGAGGUGAACGGGGCGACGAGAUUCUUUUACGGGAAAACGCGGCAGUCGGGCAAGAGGUAUGCUUGGCUCGAGCUAGAGAUCGUGACACCGGCACCAAUGCCGUGAUUGUUUAUUCCCUGACGCACAAUCCAGGUGGGCAGUUUAGAGUUGCUGAGAACACGGGAAUCAUUUACUUGGAUAAGCCGAUUCGUGCGCCGUCCGGCACAGUUCUUCAUCUCGAAGUGACGGCGACUGAUUCUGGUAGACAACCGUUAUCCGCUCAGCAUCAAAUCCGUGUGACAAUUGAAGAUGUCAAUGAUCAUACACCUGUUUUCCGGCUGACUAGUUACGAGAUUUCCCUGCCGGAAUCUAUGCCGGUGAACGAGCGUUUCUUUUCAUUAACGGCUCAAGAUGUAGACCUCGGCGCGAAUGGCAGGAUAUUAUAUAGUGUCACCGAUGGCAAUGUAGAGGGUCGCUUCGGCAUUUUUCCGGAUGGUCAGCUGUAUGUAAAGAACGCGCUCGACCGCGAGGAACGGGAUUAUUACGCGCUUGAGGUUACCGCGUCCGAUCAGGGCAGUCCAUCGCGGAGCUCCGUGGUUCCGGUGGUGGUGCACGUGAUUGACGAAAAUGACAACGCACCUGAGUUUACAAACAAUAGUUUCACCUUCCAUCUGCGUGAGAAUGAACCGCCUGAUACCUUCGUUGGCAAGCUGUUGGCUACUGAUCGCGACGUUGGUCGUAACGCAGAUCUCAUGUUCUCGCUGCCGAUCAGUCAGCAAGACUUUGUGGUUGAUCCAAGGAAUGGCUUCGUUAGAUCGCUACGUGUAUUUGAUCGCGAACUCCUGGUGACCAAUACCGGUGGCAGCUACAUCAACCUGGAAGCCACAGUCACCGAUAAUGGCAUUAAUCGCUUGCGUGAUCGAGUCAAAGUUACCAUCUACAUCAUCGAUGUUAACGAUAAUGUGCCGCAAUUCCAACGUCUGCCCUAUCGGGUACAGGUGAGCGAAGGUGCCGCAAUUGGCACACAAUUGUUGAGAGUAUACACGACCGACGCGGAUGAAGGGUUGAAUGGUGAUGUAUUCUACUCGCUGGAGGAUGGUAAUCAGCAUGGCCAUUUUACGAUAGACGAAGCCACCGGACAGAUUUCGCUAGUAAAAGAGCUCGAUCGCGAGACGUCCGACAUCUAUGUACUUACCGUCGUAGCGCAUGAUGCUGGUCUUGAGACGCGAUUGUCGUCUAGUGCAACUGUUUAUAUCGAGGUGCUUGAUGAGAAUGACAACGUACCGCGCUUUGUCGACAACAAGUCAAGGAUCUCUGUGCUGGAAACUACGCCGACUAAUACCGAACUGUUGCGCUUCAAGGCUACCGAUAACGAUCUCGGACCCAACAGCGAAUUGGCGUUUGCUAUAUCGGCCGGCAAUAAGAGGGAUACAUUUUACAUCGAUCCGCUGACUGGUAUCCUGUAUCUGAGGAAGCCACUUGAUUACGAGGAGCUGGUACGUUACACGCUUAACGUCACAUGUAGUGAUGGCGGUCAUCCGCGGCUCAGCUCGGUCACUAGCCUGACCGUCGAGGUGAUUGACACCAAUGAUAAUCCACCGGUGUUUCCGAACACGGCAAUAGUGCGUCAGAUACGCGAGGGUAUCCUUGUGCGAACGCCGAUUGUCACCAUUACCGCCGAGGAUCCGGAUUCGGGCGACAACGGUGUGGUCACUUACUCGAUUCUCAGCCAAGACCCGGAGGAUCAGGUGCGGCGUUUCGGUAUCAAUCCGUCGAGCGGCGUGAUCCAUACGCUCCUUCCGAUCGAUCGCGAAGAAGUGGACACCUUCAAGUUAGUGGUGGUCGCUACCGAUCAAGCGCAACCACCGAGCGCACGGUUAUCUGCCGAGAAACUAGUAAUCGUGAUCGUCGAGGAUGUCAACGAUAACGCACCGAUCUUCAUUAGCAUGUCGGCAGUGGUGCUACCGCCUCUGCGCGCCGGCAAUUUCAACUAUCAUCAGUCCUCGACUAAAGAUAUUCUGGUUACUCAGCUGGUUGCUCGUGAUCUCGACUCCAGCACCAACGGCUUGGUGACAUACGAGCUGCUUCGUUCCAGCGUUAAUUAUUCGGAUAUGUUUCGAAUUUAUCGUAGCACCGGUCAACUCAUCAUGAGACUUCCGCGGUUAUCUUCAAAAAGUAGUCUUCUCGAACGAGCCUCCUCCAAAUAUCAGGUGGGCGUUCGAGCGACGGACGAGGCGGUCCAGGCGGAACGCCGCUCGUCCGAAACUUACGUGACCUUGAUCGUGCCGGGCGAGGACGGCGACGAUCAGCCGAUUUGGGAACAUCGGGGUCAGAUCGAAGGCAACGUUUACGAAAACGAGCCGGUCGGUACCAGUAUUUUGCGCGUGAGUGCGCGUAGCCGUCGAUCCAACAUCGAGCUCGAAUAUUAUGUGACGAAUGUGACCGCCGGCGACGGGUCCCAAGUUGAUCGUCUGUUCGACAUCGACACGAAGACUGGCGUGCUGUCCACCGCGGCCCAGCUUGAUCGCGAAACCGGUGUUCAGUGGUACGAGGUGGAGCUAUAUGCCAUCGGCAUCGGCGGCACCAGACCCAGUACGACGUCCACCAAAGUACGCGUGACGGUGUUGGACAAGAACGACGUGGCACCGACGUGGGGUCCGGGGCCGUGGAAAUUCAAGAUCUCCGAGGAGGCGCCUCCUAGUACCGUCAUCACGGUACUCAAGGCCCACGAUCCGGAUACCAUCGGUACUUUGACUUACACCUUGGUGCCGAAUCAUCAUCGUCCGGGCGAUCGCGGUGAACCCGCGGACAACGACGACGGGACGCAGAGUCAAUUUAUACUGCACCCGACCACCGGCCAGCUGAGCCUCGCCGAGGCCCUCGACAGAGAGACGAAGGAGAGAUACGUGCUCAAGGUGCGCGCCGACGACGGCCUGCAACAUCGGGAUAUCGUGCUUCACAUACAGGUCACCGACACCAACGACAAUGCGCCAACCUUCCAGAGCACGGCCUACUCGUUCGACGUCCCGGAGAACAUGCCGAGAGGCAGCCGUGUCGGCCAGGUCGUCGCGACGGACGCCGACGCCGAAGGUCCCAACAGUCAUCUGAGUUACGUGCUCAUCUCCGACUGGGCGAACGACGUGUUCUCGCUGAAUCCAAACACCGGCGUGUUCACGCUCACUGGGAGCCUCGACUACGAGCAGGUGCAACACUACAUCCUCGUUGUACAAGCGACGGAUGGCGGUAUGCCAGUGCUGUCGUCCACCGUGACAGUGUACUGUAACGUUGUCGAUUUAAACGACAAUGCACCGAUAUUCGAGACGGGGCCGCAUGCGGCCGAUAUCGUGGAGAACGCGACUGUCGGCACACCUGUGCUCACCGUAACUGCCCAGGAUCUAGACUCCGGCGACAACGGCAGGAUCAUCUACGCCGUGGCCGGCGGCGACGAAAAUGACGACUUUGGGGUGGCUCCCAACGGCACCCUCUUUACGCGCCAGGCCCUCGAUCGCGAGCGAAAACCGCUCUACAAUUUGGUGCUAAGCGCCACCGACAGUCCAUUACCGCCGACACGGCCAUUGUCCUCCACAGUACAGGUGACGGUGGUGCUGCUAGACGUGAACGACAUGUCGCCAGAAUUUAUAUCGCCUACAAAGAUAUCGAUAAUUGAAAACGCACCGAGCAACACAGUGGUGAUGGCGAUAAAAGCUGUCGAUCGGGAUGAGGGUCGAAACGGUUAUGUCGAAUAUUCGUUGAAGGAUGAUGGUAACCUGCCGUUUACUCUGGGUCUAGUAGACGGACUGCUGCGUGUCUCCGGAUCGUUGGAUCGUGAGCAAAGAUCCAACUAUACUUUGGAGGUCACUGCUAAAGAUCGCGGUGAACCACCAAGAUCGUCGUCGACCACUGUCACAGUUACGGUGCUCGACGAAAAUGAUAACUCACCAGUGUUUGAUCCUAAACAGUAUUCGGCUACCGUUGCCGAGAACGCUAGUAUCGGCGCCAGUGUUCUCCAGGUGUCAGCGAUGGAUCGUGACGAGGGCGCAAAUGGCAGGGUGCGGUAUAGCAUCGCAAUGGGGGACGACAACCGAGAUUUUAUGAUCUCGGAAGACGGCGGUGUAAUUCGGGUAGCAAAGAAUCUCAACUUUGAGCGCAAGUCUCGGUAUCAUCUGGUAAUUCGCAGUGAGGAUUGUGCGGUAGAAGUCGGCGAGACGCCACGCGAUGAUACUGUUCAGGUCACCAUUACCGUGCUUGAUAUUAACGACAACGCACCGGUUUUCCUCGAUUCUCCCUAUUUGGCACACGUUAUGGAGAAUAUGGUGCCGGGUGGCGGUUUUGUCAUACAGGUCAAGGCGUAUGACGCGGACACCCCGCCGUACAACGAUCAAGUGAGAUAUUUUCUCAAAGAGGGUGACACUGACUUAUUCCGUAUAAACGCGAGCACCGGCGACAUCUCACUCCUUCGUCCGUUGGACAGGGAAUUGGUGCCCGAGUACACGCUCACCUUAGUGGCUAUGGAUACCGGCUCGCCGCCUCUUACCGGAUCGGGCAUCGUCAGGAUCGUCGUCCUCGACGUGAACGAUCACAUCCCCGAGUUUGCCAGGCAGGACUACAAGGCCACCGUGGUGGAGAACAUGCCCGCCGGAACUUGGGUUACCAAGCCGCACGCUACGGAUAAGGAUGAAGGACUCAAUGCGAAAAUAAGCUACAGCCUACUUGGAGACAAAGCGGAGCGGUUCACUGCAGAUCCCGACACGGGCGAAGUGUUCACCACGAUGCCGCUGGACCGCGAACAGACCGCCGUUUACUAUUUGACUCUGGUGGCCAAGGACUCGAGCCCAACGGAGCCUCGUGCCUCCGCCGUCAAUCUGACGAUCUACGUGACGGACGUGAACGACAACGCACCCCACUUUUCCAGUCCUCGAUACACGGCCUACGUUCCGAGCGCGACUAAACUCGGUGACUUUGUGUUCGGCGCGAAAGCGAGCGACGACGACGAUGGCGAGAACUCCCGGAUCGUUUACCGGUUGCACGGCAAGGACGCCAACCGAUUCACCAUCGAUCUCAACAACGGGGUAAUUCGCGCCGCCGAGGAGUUGAUCGGCGAUCAAACCACCUAUCAACUGCAGAUACAGGCGUCGGACUGCGGCAUCGAGCCCCAGCAUGUCACCGCUGAUCUGAUGAUCCACUUGUGGGAGCGACAGUUGUUUCCUAGCUUCCGCUCGAGUGUCAGCACGAAAUUUACAUUAUCCGAAGACGUGUCUGAGGGCAGGGUAAUCACUAAGCUCAGUGCUACUACGCCGAAGAGUGGACCGGCCAGCAAUCUGGUCUACGGCAUAGCUGGUGGAAACGUGGGGGACGCUUUAAGAAUUGAUCCUCACACCGGAGAGGUCAUAGUCGCCUCUGGUUUCGAUUACGAGACGGCUCCACAUUACGAAGCCUGGAUUGAGGUUCGUGAUUCGGACACUCCCGCGCUGCGUAGCGUUCUCCAACUUCUGGUGAACGUCACGGACGCCAACGAUAACGCACCGGUCAUGGAGGCGGCCAUUUACAACGCGACCGUGAUGGAGGAAGAGUAUCCGCCGCUGUUUGUCUGCAAAGUGUCCGCGAAGGAUCGUGAUUCUGACGAGAACGGCAAAGUCACUUAUUAUCUGAUCGAUGAUUUUUCCGAAUCAUUCAUCAUCGAUAGUACCACUGGCCAAAUCGAGACCAAUACCAAAUUAGAUCGUGAAGAGAUUGCAUCUUACGAGCUGAUCGUGGAGGCCAGAGAUCAAGGUCACCCUCGAUUAACGGGAACCGCCACCGUGUUAAUUACUGUUCUGGACAAGAACGACAAUCCGCCACACUUCACGCGAUUGUUCAGCGUCAAUGUAACAGAGAACGCAGAAAUUGGCACGUUUGUUAUACGCAUCACCAGCAGCGAUUUGGACAUUGGUCAAAAUGCAAAUGUCAGCUACAGCUUCACCGACAAUCCAGGGAAGAAAUUUUCCAUCGAUGCUUUAAGCGGAAACGUGACUGUGGCCGGGCAACUCGACAGAGAGGAGCAGGACGAGUAUUUAUUGAAGGUUGUAGCAGCGGAUCGUGCAUGGCGAGCAGAGACCGCCCUAACGAUCACUAUUCAGGAUCAGAAUGACAAUGCGCCUGAGUUCGAUGAGGACACCUAUUAUUUCCAUUUCCCCGAGCUUCAGCCGCGGGUGACGCAUGUCGGCACGGUUACGGCUACUGACCGUGACAAACAGGGACCGAACUCGGUUAUAUCUUACAGUCUGUUGCAACCAUCCGAUCUUUUUACCAUCGACCCGGCGACCGGUGACGUCUUCAGCAAACGUACCAUGCGCUACAAACAUACGCAUCGGCCAUCCUCGCCGGAGAAUCUGUAUUCGCUGACAGUGGUCGCUACCGAUAACGGCAAGCCCCCACUGUCCUCGAGAACAGUGGUGCACGUGAGCGUAGUAGAUGCCAACAACAACGCGCCUCGCUUUGAGCAGAGAUCCUACUUGUCGCCUGUGCCGGAGAAUUAUGGAGUAGGCAAGCGAAUCAUCCAGCUGGUCGCCCGCGACGACGCCGAUUUCGGCGUGAACGCGGAGGUCAGUUAUUCUCUGGAAAAUCUGAAUAACACUAGCGAUUUGUUUGCCAUCGAAGAGCGAUCCGGUUGGGUUUACGUGCGCAAGAGCCUCAAUGGUAUCCCCGUCGGUGCUGUAUUCCUGCUGAAAGCGCGCGCCACCGAUAAAGGCGUGCCGCCGCAGAAGGACGAGAUCGCUCUGACUCUCGUGGUCUCCGGUGAAAACCGACAUGCACCCACUUUUGCCGCCGUUAGUUAUCAAGUCAGAGUACCGGAGAACGAGCCGGUUAACACCACGAUCUUGACGGUGAACGCCGUGGACGGGGACAGCGGGCCCAAUGGCAUGGUCCGCUACAGAAUCUCGGCUGGUAACGAGAGAAAUGAAUUUUUCGUGCACUCCAUCACUGGCGCGGUUACUAUUCUCGAGCCUCUCGAUUACGAUCUAGUGCAAGAAUACCGGCUAAACAUUACUGCCACGGAUCUAGGAUUCGAGUCGAAGCAAGCAGUAGCUACCUUGACUGUCAAUGUCUCUGAUAUCAACGAUAAUCCUCCGACCUUUAAUCAAACGGUUUAUGAAGCGUAUUUACCAGAAAAUUCACCGCCCGAUAGUUUUGUUUACAAGGUGGUCGCUCGAGACAUCGAUUCGCCAAAGUAUGCCGUAAUACAAUAUGAUAUUUUGGGCGGAACUGGCAAGGAUCACUUCCGCAUACGUUGGAAUACCGGUGAGAUCACGUCAGACGCCACUUUCGAUUACGAAGAAGCGAACGAAUACACUCUCGACAUCGUCGCGACCAAUCCGGACUCGAACUCGCAGAUGAUCGGCUUCACGACUGUGAUAGUGCACAUCACCGGCGUGAAUGAAUACUAUCCCCAAUUCAUACAACCCGUGUUUCACAUGGACGUGUCGGAGAGCGCCGAGGUGGGCACGUCGGUCGGCGUGGUCCAAGCGACCGAUCAGGACUCGGGAGAGGAUGGUCGCGUGUACUACCUCUUCGUAGGUUCUUCCAACGAUCGUGGCUUCUCGAUCGGCUCGGAUACCGGCAUCAUUCGAGUGUCGCGCAGGCUGGACCGCGAGACGCAGAAUCGCGUAGUGCUGACGGUGAUGGCGAAGAACGGUGGCGGUAUACGCGGCAACGACACUGACGAAGCGCAGGUAAUCGUUUCCAUCCAGGACGGCAAUGAUCCACCCGAGUUCCUGCAAAGCUCUUACGACGCCAGCGUGUCGGAGGGUGCCGCUCACGGCACCCGCGUACUUAUGGUCCGCGCGAUCGACAAGGACAUCAAGCCGCAGAACAAUCAGUUCUCGUACUCCAUCAUCGGCGGCAAUCUCGGUCAGGCCUUCAAGGUCGAUCCGCAGACCGGCGAUAUUGAGACUGCGAAGCAGCUAGAUCGCGAGACCGUGCCUGUGUAUGAUCUGACGAUCGGUGCAAUCGACACCGGUUCGCCGCCGCAGACCGGCACUACGAUGGUACAUAUCGAUUUACUGGAUGUGAACGACAAUGGCCCGGUUUUCGAUCCACCGGAAGUAAUUGGCUACGUCAGCGAGAACGAACCGGCGGGUACCAGCAUUAUGACUCUGAGCGCGACCGAUCCCGAUCUGCCACCCAACGGCGCGCCGUUCACGUACAGAUUAAUUGGAGGAAGGCAGAGCGAUAUGGUCAUUUUGGACAAGCAUUCGGGUAUACUGAGAACCACUAGGAGUCUCGAUAGAGAAACAAUUCCGCAGCUAAAUCUCGUGGUUGAGGUGGAGGACUCGGGUAUACCCCGAAUGAAGAGCGAGCACACUAUCGUCGUGAUCGUCACCGAUCAGAAUGACAGCCCGUCCACGCCGAGAUCGGUGCACGUAAUCGUACACUCGUUCAACGGUAAGACACCGCUGGGGAAGAUCGCCGACGUGCACCCGAACGAUCCGGACAUUACCGGAGCUUACUCGUGCAAAAUACUUCAAGGUUCGAAUUCGCGAGUGCUGACUAUUCCCACCGCCUGCGAUCUGCACACCAACAAGAUUACAUCAGAAGUCGGUUACUCAUUGAGCGUCUCCGGCAACGACGGACGACACCCCGACGUAAUCUCCAAGGUCACCGUCGAGUUCUUGAUCUUCUCGAAUGCAACGGUCGAGAAUAGUGUGACUCUGCAAAUUGUUAAAUUGACCGCGAAUAAUUUCCUCAGUCAGUACUACCGGGCUCUCCUAGAUCUCCUGCAGGAGAAGAUUGACGUCGGCGAUACACUAAUCAUUUUCAGUAUUGGCGAAAACGGAUCGGACCUGAACGUUCAUCUAGCUGUGAAAUCUUCGCAAGGGUAUCGCACGAAGUACGAAGUGACCGAUUUACUGAUGCGCAAUCGAGAUCAAAUUCAAACGCUGCUCGAAGAUAGCUCGUUCACCAUCGGUUAUUCACCGUGUAAACACAUGCCAUGCGAAAACGGGGGCAGCUGCAGCGAUCGAUUGGCCAUAUACGACGACGCCAGGAUCACCGACAGCCAGGCGUUGAUCCUGACAUCGCCUAGGAUGUUAUAUGAGAUGGUCUGUAAAUGUCGGGAUGGCUUUACCGGCGACAGGUGCGAAAAAAGACAAGACCCAUGCUCUCCGAAUCCUUGUCUGUUGGGAGGACAAUGCCGACGUUUGGGAUACGAUUUCCAGUGUACUUGUCCUAUCGAUCGCGAUGGGAAACUGUGUGAGCUCGAGAGAGGCGACGCGUGUGCCAGCAAUCCAUGUAGAAACGGCGGAUCGUGCAGAAAGAGCCCGGAUAACUUCAGCUUUUUCUGCCUUUGUAGAGCGGGCUACAGAGGAAAUCACUGUGAAGCAGUCACCGAUUCCUGUCGACCGAAUCCUUGCUUAUAUGGUGGCUUAUGCGUGGGAGAAAAACCUGGAUAUCGAUGUAGCUGCAGUGAGGGUCGCUACGGUCGGCAUUGCGAGCGUUCAAGCUUCGGCUUUGACGAACUGUCGUACAUGGCAUUCCCAACGUUGGAGUCCAACACGAACGACAUCACCAUCGUGUUCGCUACCACGAAACCGGACGCACUGUUGUUGUACAAUUACGCGCCGCAAAUGGGUGGCCGUUCGGAUUUUAUCGUGUUAGAGCUGAUGGGCGGACGGGUGGUCUUCUCAUAUGGCGGUGCCAGAAGCGCGAUAACCACCGUCACUAUCAAGACAGAGUUGCCGGUUUCAGAUGGCGAGUGGCACAAGGUCACUGCCACCAGGAACGGCAGGGUUGUUUCCCUCAGCGUAUCGAAUUGCAAAGAACAUGGCGACGUCUGCGACGAUUGUAAACCUGGCGAUGGUACUUGUUAUGCAGACGACGUAGGCCCAACUGGGACUUUGAACUUCAAUAAUAAUCCUCUCCUAUUGGGCGGCUUGGAGAACGCUGAUCCAGUGCUGGAACGUCCGGGCCAAGUGCAUUCCGACGAUUUUGUGGGUUGUAUACAUUCGGUGUCGAUAAACGGAAAGUCUCUGAAUCUGACGAAUCCACUUGUAUCACGUGGUGUGAAGUCCACGUGCGUUAGGUCGCAGCAAAAUCCUUGCCUGAGAGAUGAGAAGAGCGCUGUAUCCGUUUGCGGCGUGGGCGCUCGAUGUUAUGACAAAUGGCAUCAAGUGAUGUGUCAGUGUGGAUCCUUGAUGGCGCCUAAUUGUCAUGGUGCGUUGGAGCCCGUCACGCUGAGCGAAGGAGGAUUUAUUGAGUUCAAGAUUUCAAAGAAACAUAGAAGAAUGCAAUUAUUGGAAUAUCUCUACGGUGGUUCCACGAUUUGGCACACGAAUCGCAUUAAACGCAGUCUUAUCGAGGACACAAGCUUUAUAACAAAUCCUCCUCCAUUGAAGACAAUCGGUUUAAUGUUUAGAACUGUAAAGCCUGAUGGUAUACUGAUAUAUGCCGCGACGAAUAAACAUUUUACAUCUGUAGAGCUUCGCAAUGGCCAAUUGAUUUACAUGUCCUUGCUCGGAUCACCGGUGAACAUGUCGAUCCACGUUGAAGGCGGUUUUGCCGACGGACAUUGGCAUAAUCUCACUCUCCAUGCCUAUUCUCGAGGAUUAAGAUUAUUAGUCGAUGAUAGUCUGAUGGGCGAUGAAUUAGAUUCAGCAGGGGUUCACGAUUUUCUCGAUCCUUAUUUGUCCGUCUUGUCGAUUGGAGGAGUCAGUCAGAACUUUUAUUACGCUCAUAGCGCUGGCUCCAGAAGCUUCGAAGGUUGUCUGGCUAACUUUACUGUCAACAAUGAAGUACAACCGUUCAAUGGUUCAGGCUCUAUCUUCAGAGACGCGCUUUAUCACGGUAAAGUGAACAUUGGAUGUAGAGGACCAACUGGCAUCGGCGCGGCUGCGGCUGCGGAUCCUCUUAGUAUUGGCAUCACUCUGGUCAUCGUCUUCUUCGUCAUUUUAUUAAUUGCCAUUCUAGUGAGCUUUAUAGUGUUCCGACUGCGUCGGCAGAAUAAAGAGAAAUCGGCACCGUCGGUAGUCAAUAAGAAUACCAACGCUAUUAUGACGGGCAAUCCUCUGGUUGGUCCCGGAAACGACAAUCUCAUGUCUCGCCAUGAGAACACGUACAUCUCCGACACGUCGGAUCUGCGUGGCGUUGGUCACAUGGGUCCCGAACUGAUUUCAAAAAAGUACAAGGAACGAGAGAUUAACACCACCGCUGAGCACCGACCGCAACGACCGGAUAUCAUUGAACGAGAAGUCACCAAGUCGCCUCCUAUCCGCGAUGAGCAUCCACCGCUGCCACCGCCUACUCAGACUUCUCUUCAUUCGCAUGAGCAUAAUCCGGAACCCGACAUUCCGGAACACUACGACUUGGAGAACGCCAGUUCCAUCGCACCCAGCGACAUUGACAUCGUAUACCAUUACAAAGGUUAUCGCGAUGGCAUGAGAAAGUACAAAGCCACUCCACCUCCUAUAAGUAAUUAUGGCAACCAUCACAAACAUACCGGACAACAACAUCGCCAUACGGGACCUUUUCCACCACGGGCUAUGCCACCGCCCAAUGUGAACCAACCAUCCGGACCGGCGCCCAAAUUGCUUCAGAGUACCCCUUUGGCGAGACUAUCGCCCAGCAGUGAAUUAUCCGCGCAACAACCGCGGAUUCUCACACUGCACGACAUCAGCGGGAAACCGUUACAAAGUGCAUUGCUGGCAACCACAUCUUCCUCCGGUGGUGUUGGCAAAGAUGCGUUAAAUUCCAACAGCGAAAGGAGUCUGAACUCGCCCAUCAUGAGUCAGCUGUCAGGCUCGACGGCCAGCAGAAAGGCCCCGCAGUCCAACAAUGAAAAUUCGGUGAAUAAUGUGUCAUCGGGCCCGAUGGGCCUCACGGCGGAGGAAAUCGAGCGACUGAAUUCCCGUCCAAGAACGUCUAGUCUGGUCUCCACUUUGGAUGCUGUCAGUUCCUCCAGCGAGGCCAGGGGUCCACCAACGCAUGGACCUCUUCAUCAUCAUCGACGUCACACGCCACCCGUCGAGAGACUCGAGCGGCGGAAUUCGUCGACUACUGACGAGAGUGGCAAUGAUAGCUUCACCUGCUCAGAAAUCGAGUACGACAACGGAUCAUUAGUGGGUGACAAACGAUCAGAUAAUCUAUUUGCCAAGCAGAACGACGAAGGGAAUAGCCCACAGGGGAGGAACAACAUCGAAUCAUCGCAAUCGACGAAACCACCAUUACCGCCGAACGUUGGCAACUACGAUGGCUUCGAUAGUUCAUUUCGCGGCUCCCUCAGCACUCUCGUUGCCUCGGACGAUGAUCUGUCGACCCACAUGGGCGGCCUCCUCUACGGCGGCCACGCCAGCAACGGUUCGCCCACAACCACUACCACCACCACCACCACCACCGCCGCCGCCGAGGAUGCUCUCAGCUGGGACUAUCUGCUCAACUGGGGACCCAACUUCGAAAGUCUUGUCGGCGUGUUCAUCGACAUCGCCGAGCUACCGGACAGCACGAGUCGGGUACCCAGAUUACCGGCAAACAUCCCCAAGCCAUCUGAGGAAUACGUUUGAAACCUCGGAGCCUCGGGUGUGAUGUCGGAAACAAUUUAGUGAACAAUAAUUUAGUGAUCGUGAGAAUUAUUUCGGAGGUAAUUGUAGAGACUCGCUUUGAGGAAACGUACGAGAUCUACGUAGGAAUAUUAUUGAAUUGUUUUUUGCUAUUCGUUUAGAUUGAUUAUCGAAUAUUUGUAAAUCGAUGUUAUGAAUAGCGACGUCCAGUUUCGCGGAUUUGGAUGAAGGAUGGUUUUGAGUUAUACGAGGACAUUUGAAAAGUCUUCGUCUUCGUGCAAAAGUCGUUGCAAUGUUUAUAGAUUGCAGCGAGAUGGCGCAUUGAACGCAUGAUCGUCUUGCCAUAAAAUGUAAAGAAGAACUUCCAAUGAGGAGAGACUCGUCCGUAUCUCUUCCGUCGUACGGGAGAGAUUUGUUGUUUUCUAUCGUACUUUUUAUCUCGCAAAGUUUUUUGUAAAUAUUGAAUGAUACCUGUUUAAUCAAAAUGACUCGCUCGCGCGAAGCGCGCAAUAUCUAUUCCUCGAUUAUACAUAGUCGGUCGAAUUGUAAAUGAUUGUUCCAUGACCGAUACCAGAAUUAUUAUGAAUCGAAGUAUUACGUAUACAUAAAGUUAAUAUUAUUUAUAAUAUUAAAAUUAUGGAUGAUUGAUAUUAAUAUUACAAAUAAUAUUAAUUUUAAUUGCAUUAAAUGUUAAUGUUAAACAUGCACGGUUCGCGCGUUUCGAGUGAUCAAUACGCAAUAUCAAAUACGAAAUAUGAUCGCGCGAGAUUAUGUUGAAUGCCAUUUUAAUUACGGCCAUAUCCGUCGGCCGAAAAGACGAAGAGAUGUGCGACUGAACAUCGAGGCAGUUCAAUUAAUUGUUAAUUAGCGACUUCUGUAUACAUAUAUCCUAAGCUGUCGUGCCAGAUAUACACUCGAUGCAGUCGCACAUAUCGUAAUUAAUGCUUGGAUGGCUAAAUAGCACAUAGAUUUAUUUUAUGAAUUUUAUUUCAUAUUUUAAUUUAAAAAAUUAAAAAUGAUCCUUAUAUCUUUUUCUUCGCGACGAUCGUCGUGAGCAGAAUUAUAAAAUUUAUUAUCCUAUAAAUUGAAAUUAUAUUAUCUGAUUUGAGAACAAUUUAGAUUUAGAUUAUAGAAAUUAUUUUGCUAAAUCUUCUUUGUUUAUGCGAAAUAUGUUAUAACAUCUAUGGCAUUCAGCCAUUCGACCAAAAACACGGCGUUUUGAUUACAAUGCCCAUCAAGAGAAGGGAGAGAGUUUGUCUUCCACGUUACAAGAAACAACUAUUUCGCUUCUUGGAUUGUAAAGAUAACGGAACGUCGCUAAACGGGAUUAUCGGGUCGCCGUGGAAUGAACGUCAUGCGAACGAUAAUAUAAUUUGCAGGCGUGUAAAAUUCGUGCUCAACUCGUAUUCGUUAGACAAUAACGGCGCCAUCGUAGCGUUCCUGAGAGUGGCCUGCUGUUCGCAGGCUACCAGACUGAUUUUCUCUUCUCUCUAAACUACGUUUCACAAUCGCGAGAAGUGACUUCGUCGAUGAUCGUUUUGCACGUUUACGUUGUAAAUUAUGAGAUCCUUGGCCUGAUUUCACCCUGUAAAUAAAACCGCGCGUGUGAAUUGUACAAAAGUGCGAAUGUGUGUGUGUGUGUGUGUGUGUGUGUGUGUGUGUGUGUGUGUGUGUGUGU